CAGAGAAAUCUGGUUUUUCUAGGAAGUUUUUCCCGGAAAAGAAUGUGUACAAACUUGUUACAUAUUAGUGUAGUUACAUUCUAGUAGUUGGACUCAAUAAAUAUAAAAACAUGUGUCUUCAUGGCAAAAUCUUCUGUAUCAAUGGCUGCAUAUCCAAAAAGUUGCAUUAUUUCCUUCUAAUAAGGUGGCAUAAAACAUGGAAUAGUAAAAAACACACAAAAAAACUAACAACACAGAUUAACCUCAACUCCAAAAAAUCUUUCUUUCUUCAAAACCCAAAUUUAGAAUAAUUGGGUCUAAACCAACAAUGUCUAACAUGAUAUUGAUAGCAUUCUAUUCUCAAUUGAGUCAAACUCAUAACGUAUAUUUAUGCAUAUAUCAACCUAUUUUUUCACUUUCCGAAUAAUUUUCCCUUCCUCACAAUCCAACCAACCUAACUUUCUUUGCAUCCAAUCAAUAUUAGCUUUCUAACCUCCUUUUCCCUAAACCUUCUCAUAACCAGUAAGCCCUAACCAUGACUCUUCAACUUCAUCCAUAACCCCCUGAACACUACUCCAAUCCCUACCCAUUAAGGGCAGGAUGGCCAAUGGGAGCUCUCAACCAGCUCCUCUCUCACUCCACCUCCACCUCGGCCUCCUGUCUCUUCUACUCUUCCCCGGUCUCGCCCUCGUCUCCGCCGCUGCCGCUAUUCGACACGGCGUCAUUCGUAAACCCUCCGCCGACAUUUCCUAUUUCCGAGAAGCCCCGGCUUUCCGGAACGGAGACGCAUGCACCGGACACGGCGAUGGCCGGAGGAUCCACGUCAGCAUGACGUUGGACUCGAAUUACCUCCGUGGCACAAUCGCCGCCGUGCUCUCCGUCUUGAAACACUCCACGUGUCCGGAAGACGUGGAGUUCCACUUCAUUUGGGCGAGGUACGAUCCCGGUGUCUACUCCACCAUCCGAUCGACCUUCCCGAACCUCAACUUCCGAGUCUACCGUUUCAACUCGAACCGAGUCCGUGACAAGAUCUCUAAAUCGAUCCGCCAAGCCCUAGAUCAACCGUUAAACUACGCGAGAAUUUACCUGGCCGAGAUCAUCCCAGCGGACGUGAAACGCGUGAUAUACCUCGACUCCGAUCUGGUGGUGGUGGACGACAUCGCCAAGCUUUGGACCGUCGAUAUGGAGAACAAGGUCCUAGCGGCACCGGAGUACUGCCACGCCAACUUCACGAACUACUUCUCCGGCGAAUUCUGGUCGGACCCGAACAUGGCUGGGACAUUCGAGGGAAGAAAACCUUGCUACUUCAACACAGGGGUUAUGGUGGUGGAUCUAGAGAGGUGGAGAGGGGGUGAGUACACGCAGAAGAUGGAGGAUUGGAUGGCCGUACAGAAGAGGAAGAGGAUAUACGAUUUGGGGUCUUUGCCGCCAUUUUUGUUGGUUUGGGCCGGAUAUAUUAAGGCCGUGGACCAUAGGUGGAACCAACAUGGGCUUGGAGGUGAUAAUCUAGAGGGCCAAUGUAGGAGACUACAUCCAGGCCCAGUAAGCCUUCUCCAUUGGAGUGGGAAAGGGAAGCCUUGGUUAAGGUUAGACUCAAGGAAACCUUGUUCGGUUGACCAUCUUUGGGCCCCAUAUGACCUUUUUCGUCUUUCGUCAACUCACACAUUUGAUGGGUAAAAAUUAAAAAAUUAUAGCAUAUGUGCACCGGGAAAUGGAUUAAAUGGUUUAUUAAAGAAAAAAAAAAAUAGGGGUUAAUUAAUGAGAAAGAGCAAGAGGCUUAAUUAUGUGGGUAUGUGCCAAAUCUCCUUACGUUUCUUUCUUCAACUUCGGUCCCUUAAAUUUAUGUGGGUGUGAGAAAAAUGCAACUCUUUCUAGAUAUAUAUAAUAGAGAAUGGAGGUAAUUUGAUAUUUUAAAAAGAAAAAAAAAAAGCUUAUUAAUAGUUGAAGAGGGUGGGAAAUGUAUAAGCUUCUGAGUUGUUUUGUUGAAGAAUUUAUGGACAUCAACAUGUAGAGGAGGGUAUGAUAGUGUCUUUUGCUUAGUUUAGUUUCAGAUGACCAUAAAAUCCUCCUACCGGAGUUAUUUCCAUGUUCCUCUAACACAGCUCUACUUUUUAUAUAUUAGAAUAUCUCCACAAUGAAAUGUAAUAAUAUGUGUAUAUACUUGUGAUUUUUUUUUUUUUGUUUACACAAUUGGUUUGUUUGUACAAGAUAUAUUCUUGUUGCAUUUAUAAUUUUAUUUCACCCCGCGAAUAACCCAUCAAAUUAUUAGUGCCA